UGUUUUCCCAUACCGACUGACGAUUGUCGUAGAACAAAGAUCGUUUCUACAAUAGAGGGCCUCAUUAGUAAUAUUUGAACUAAUAUAUUAUAUUUUGUAAACGCUUUUGCUGGCUGUGACCUAGGCAAACCAUGAUGUUUUUAGAAGAAUCUGCUUUGUUUAAAUCACAAUCACUGAUCCAAACAUGUGCGCCAAUAUGUUAAUCCUUCAAUAAGAUUAUCUUAUCGUGAGAAGAAAGGUGCCGUUUAUGAACUGUGCGUUGCGACUCAACGUUCAACUGAAUUGUGAAAACAUUUUAGUAUUGGGCAGAGACGUCCACAUUAUACAAAUUCUCACUUCCGUUUAAAAAAUCCAAAAUGCAUAUAUACUUAGACGUCUGAUGGCCAGUUACGUUUGAAACGCGUUGAAAAAAGGCUGUUCAUUAUCUUGGAUCGACUUUUUGCAAUGGAAGAGGCAUCACUGCAUGGAAUUUGGUCAGAGUCAGGAGAAAGCUCAGGUAAGACCAAAUAUCUACAUAUUUAUUUAUGUAAAGACAUCGGUUUAUUUCUGUGUAAAUCACCAUAUAGAGGAGAUACAUUAUCGUUCGAUAUUAUUAUAUUAUGCAAAACAUCACACAUAAGAUUAUGAAAUGUUUUCCCUUUCUGAGAUAUUGCUCAUAUCUGACAAAUAUACAAACAGUGUAAAGGAAUCGUUUAGUGCCAUAUACAUGAAUAUAGAAAUGUAAUGACUACUCUAUUAACAUAAGACGUUCGAUAUAGAGUUGUGAACGGACCUAACAAUUUACAUCUACCAUCUUUUAUUAUCUCUGUCGCAGAAAGCACACUUCGUUGUGAACUGCAGUGUUAUAGUGAGAACCUUUGACACAGAAGACAAUUAUUUCUAAAAUAUGUUCUAAAAUAACGUAUCGCUUUACCGUAUGCAUGUACAUAGUAUAACGUUAGUUGUUAUCUAUUAGAUUUUUGAUCCCCGUACAUUGCUAAAACUGCACAAUGCGACACCCGGGUAUACGACUAUUAAAAAACCUCCAAUACAACAAUGUUGAUAAACAAAGAUUAUUUGUGAUAUCUACAAGCAGUGUCACAAUAAAACUGAAGAUUUUGAUUUUGUAUCGCCUAUGAAAAGUAAUUUAUUCUGCAAACAUGCAGUGCCACGGAAACUCUAACUAUCUUUUAUUAAGAAGCUGCAUAUGUGUUAUUUCGUUUAAACAAUUUGUAACUACAGUUUGAAUCCCCUUUUUAACAUGGACAUAUUAUACACUUGAUGAGAUUGUUUGCGCGGCUCAGUUCUCAAUUCACAUGUUUGACAAAUGGCACUAUAAAACGUUGGUAAAAAUAUCAAAAACAGCCUUUUUAAUUUGGAAUAGUAUAUGCCCAAUGACGGUUUGGCAGAAACCACAAAAAAGUAUAGAUUGUCAAUAACAUGUCGCACAUACCGGGCCCUAGUUCAAGAUCAAAGAUAAUUGCCGCCUUGGAAUGUCUAGCGGAAUGAUUGACACCUGUUAUCACUGUAAAUGUCUUGUCAAGGCUUGACUAACGAUGACUCAACGCCAAUUUAAAGAGGACAUUACCACAUGUUUAUUGAUAAACAUUGAGAAUAACCAUAGACAGUAUGGCGCCGCUUAAUUUGACUGUCUGCCGCUUUCACACUGAUUUGACAAUAUGCAUAGGUAACACGCGUUACUGCCGCAUGAGUUUGUUAUUUUCUAUGAUGGGUAGUGAUACGUGUGCGAUUUAUUUGCAAUGAAACUUAGCCAAUUCUCUAUGACAUCGGCAUUUGUGCACGGGAACCACGGCGUGUAUGUUUAUUUCUCUCAAAUUAAUUAUUAAUUACUACAGUCACCUACUACAAUAUUUUGGGUUAUUUGUCAUUUGGAUAUUUUCUUAAUAACUUAAGACAAAUAAUUGAUAUAUGAAUUAUUUAUAUUAAUAUGAAUUCAGGCUCUUGAAAUAGAGUUUAUUAACAUCAUUCCUCUAUUUGGCUGGCAUUUUGAGUAGAUUGUUCUGACUAAAUCUAGUUCCACCAUGCAAACUACAUGUUUUCCUCUGAAUUUAUAAUCAGUAUCUCUUCAAUUGUAAUUAUUCUACCUGCGUUUUAUGUUAUAAGAAAACCGAACAGUUAUCAUCAUUCGAUAGGACAAAGGCUUAACUAUGCUUCUUACCCAAACUACCAAACUAAGUAUUCAGAUGUGUGACCAUAUCCCUACAAACACGCUAAAACCAAGCAAUCCCAUUUCACUUACAUAUUGUUUGAAACACAUGCUAGUCAAUCGCAAAAUACUGAUUCGCAUUUUAGAUUCAAGGUAAGCAAUGCAUUAUAUACUUACAACAUAUUUAUCAUGUUCAAUUUAAGGAUCCGAAUACCAGAUCGACGAGGAGGACAAGAGUGACACAUCGUCGGAAUUUGCCACCAAUUACCAGAGUCCAGUCAAGCGCAAGAACAAAAUCUUGAGACAAAGGGAAGAAAAUGGAAAAAAGAAUAGAUUAGGAAGCGGUCCAGUUGCCUCAUCUACACCUAUGACAAGAGUUUACGACUUUUCAGAUGGAGAAGAUGACGGUCAGGACUUACUGAGAAGAGCCUCAAGCUGUAAGAAACAAGCUGCAAUUCAAGCUGAGACUCCUCGUAUGAGACAAGGAAAGUCAAUCCCCUAUGCGGAAUUUCUCCAACUCAUGAGGGUCAUGGAAGGACGACUUCACAGGGCCAUUACAGAUUUGAAGGGCGAAGUCGGCGACCUUAAAAAGGAAAUUGGAAACUUAAACAGCGAGGUUAGAGACCUCAAGAGCAAACUUACUGAAAAGAAUACACAGGUUACCGCCCUAACUGCAAAAGUUACACGUUUGGACAACAGGGUCCAGGAACCAACACAAACUUCGACCAAAUCCAGCAAAGUCAGUACAAACAUAAGGGCAGCAUUGAAGGCAGCGAUCGACCAUGCUGAAACUGAGAAAGGGUGGACUAUGGAGCCUAUGUUCACGUUGGAGUCCGCACAGAAUCGACAAGUUGUCAAAUACAUCUGGGACUUUUCUAAGGUGAUAGCUCCAAGCAUGACAAAACAGGAAUUUAAAGAUGGUAUGACCAGGAUCAUGUUAACGAAGAAAGAGAAGCUAUCCCGAACACGUAACGGAAAAGAGAAAGAACACACGGACGCGUCCAGAAAGAAUUCAAGGAAACUGACGAAAAGCAGAAACCGUGUAACUGGCAUUGAAAAAUCCGAACUACCUCAUCACACAAGGACCAAGUACAUUCGAGUAAUGAAAAAAACGCAGCUCAUGUCGUCAGAAGAGAGUUCGGUCGACGAGGAUGGCAACCGGGUCUUCAAUGUGAGAAGGAGGGACUGGGAGAGUCAUGAAAUGAGGGCCGCUAAAAAAGUGGCCGACGAGACAUUUAGUAAAACAACCAAGACAGCAGCGUCCAUCGUACCACGGACGAGACGAAUUACAGGUGUCUCGUCAUUUGCACCACCUCCUGCCUGGUUGCAGAAAGAAGACAGCUGGGUCAGCUCAGCACUGACAUACCAUGGAGUAGUUUAGAAUCAUCAUCAUUCAUAUCCUCAUCAGAACAUGCUUACUUACUUACUAAAAGGGGUGUUUUUAUAGGUUAGGAAUUUUAGGGUUUAUUGGCAGCUUGUUUUUUGUCCUUUUUUUUUAAAUGCGGCCAAGUAGGCCUGGUUUGAUUAUAUAGAUGCUUAGUGCUUCAAAGGUUUAAAGUCAUGUAGGGGGUUCAGUACAGUCAUGUGAUUGUUGCAAUUUAGUGAGGAUUGGAGUGUUGUUUGGUCUGUGUUGCUGGUAAUGUGUUCCAUAAAGUAUUGAAUAGGGCGCUCUAAAUGUAAAUGUCACACGGGAAUAAUACGUGUUCGGGCGUUUCUUUUUAAGUUGCAGUGGGGGUAUUUACCGGUUUGGUGGUUUUUUUAAUUAGGUGUAGGUGAGAGCUUAACUUAGUGUGGCCUGUUUGUAGUUUGGUUAUUACUCUGUCAAUGUUUUUGGUUUUAUGAUGGAUAUGUUUUUUUGAGUGGCGUUUUAGUUUGCAAUCAUAUUUCUGAUUGUUAUUUUGCCGCUAUUUUCGUUUGAGAUACUUUUAAUUCCUUUUUUUUUAUUUUGGUAGGUUGAUGCUUGGGAUGCUUACUUCUUCUAAU